UGCCCUUUUCCUGCCUUCUCUGGUACGUUCUUCUGUCGAAUCCAUCCGUUGUUGUGGUUUCGAUCCAAUCCCAUCUCUUCACUCGCUGGAACGGAAUCCCCCGAACCUGAGAGAUCGGAAAGAGGGCGAGGGAGGCGGACAGCGUCGUGGAUGGCGAAACUCUACGUGCAGGCGGUGCCUCCGGUGGACAUGAACAAGAACACGGAGUGGUUCAUGUACCCUGGGGUUUGGACCACCUACAUCCUCAUCCUUUUCUUCUCCUGGCUUGUCUUCCUCUCCAUCUUCGGCUGCAACCCGGGCACGGCCUGGACCAUCGUCAAUCUCGUCCACUUUGCCAUAACCUACCACUUUUUCCAUUGGAAGAAGGGAACACCAUUCUCUGAUGACCAGGGAAUCUACAAUAGCUUGACUUGGUGGGAGCAGAUAGACAAUGGCAAACAGCUUACACGUAAUCGGAAGUUCUUGACUGUUGUCCCUGUUGUUCUGUACUUGAUAGCCUCACACACAACUGAUUACCGGCAUCCUAUGCUUUUCCUGAAUACAGUUGCAGUGAUUGUGCUGGUCAUUGCCAAAUUGCCUAACAUGCACAAAGUACGGAUAUUUGGCAUCAAUGCAGGUCACUGAGUGGCAGUUCAUGAUAACUUCCUGAGAAAAGAUGUUCUUUGUAGAUUGCAGGUUCCUUUUCUGGUACUAAAUGGGGCCUAGUGGUAAUGAAUGGCCUACAACAAGCCAGUAAGGUGUUUACAUAAUCCUUGUACAGAGUACAUAAGUUGAAAGGGAGUUUCGGUGUUUAUGUUAAUUGCCAAGUUUGUAACUAAGAACAGAGAACAGAAUGAAGAAGUCGAUUGCAGAUCGGCUUUCAUU